AUGACCGAAGCAUCAGUGGAUGGAUUUGGUAAAGGGUAUAGUCAGUUUCGUGGUGACGUCAUUAAAUAUGGUCACUGGAAACCACGUUCCUGUAUAGCCAGAUCUCGUGUAGUGAUAAUCAUACCGUAUAGGAAACGCCCGGAGCAUCUACGCCACUGGUUGGCUCAUUAUCAUCCAAUCCUACAACGCCAAAUGAUUGAGUACAGGAUUGUUGUAGCUGAGCAGUUCGGUUCAGAACUUUUCAAUAAAGGGCGGUUAAUGAAUGCUGCCUUUAUAGAGUGUAAGAAGGCAUUCGAUUUUGACUGUGUGAUCUUCCAUGACGUCGAUCUUCUACUACAAGAUGACCGCAACAUGUACUGGUGCUAUAACCUCACCAGUCCGAGGCAUUUGUCUCCUGCUGUUAGUAAAUUCAAAUAUAAAUUACCGUACAAAAAACUGGUGGGCGGAGUACUGGCCUUCACAAAGAAACAGUUCAAAGCUGUUAAUGGCUACAGCAAUGAGUUCUGGGGCUGGGGUGGCGAGGACGAUGACAUGGCGGAGAGGUAA